AUGAAAAUCGAUACAGAACGAGUAAUCAUUGAAGUUCAUCUGCGGCCCGUUUUGUGGGAUAAACGCAAUGAAUUAUACAAAAACAGGGACGCGAGGGAGGCUGCAUGGAGAGAUAUUUUGAAGGAAUUGGCACCUAACUACGAAAAUUUGAGCGAAGAGGAAAGAAAAGUGGCGGACAAGAAAAUACAACAACGCUGGCGAACAGCAAGGGACACUUACCAGAAAGACAAGAUAUCUGAAAAAAAUCAGCCAUCCGGCUCUGGGAGUAAGAAGAAGAAGAAAUAUUCUUACUAUGACAUUUUGACUUUCUUAGACAGUACAACGGAAACUGCUGGAGAAGAGUCACUCUGUGAAGAAAUGUCUGAACAAAGUAAUUUAGAAACACCUAAUGAGUCCACGCAACCAGGUACUUCACGUCAAGAAAGUUCUCAACUAACAUCACAACGUAAUUUAGAAACACGUAAUGAGUCCACGCAACCAGAUACUUCACGUCAAGAAAGUUCUCACCCAACAUCAAAACAAAAACAAGUAAAAUCUAAAAAGCAAGCACCAUCUGAAUUUGAGGCACAGUUAUUAGAAUGCUUAAAGUCUAAUCAACUGGAGCUAGAAAGUGAGGAUUUGGCUUUCUUUCAGUCUCUGCAGCCUUCAUUAAAAAGAUUCACUAGAUAUCAAAAACUAAUGUUCAGAACAAAAGUGUUAAAUAUAGUUAUGGAAAUGGAAAGUCAAACACAACCUGCAUACUACAGUCCCAUACCUACAACAAGUUCUAGUGCUUUUACUGAGCUUGACAGUUUGUCACCGAUAAAUCAAGAUUACCAAACCAAUAGUAUAAUCCAGGAUACUUCGAGUCUUAACGACAAUGCUAUUAGUUCUGCUGCAGUGAAUGACAAUGAAACUCUUAUUUCGACUGAAAGCGGCUUGUUUAAUAUCACGUCUUAUGACGUAAUUUAUACCCCAGCAACAACAUCAUCUACAGGCGAAAGAAAUGUCAACGCUCAGGAUACAAAUUUACAAAGAAAUGAAUGAUGUAAAAUUUGAUUUUUUAAUUUAUGAAUAAAACUCUUUUUAUUAAAAUGAG